AUGUCAUCCUUGACAAAUGAGCAAUCUCGCGAUGUCUUUGGCAGGCUUAAAGAAUACUUCCGAGGUUUGAGGUCUUUUGGAGUCUUGAGGCUGAUCACUCGGCGUGGCUGGCCAAGACUUGUCUUGUCCCUCUUGCUCGGAAUCGCAGCGAUCCGACGGGUAAACAGGUUGUUGAGUCUGGCCACUCUCAACAACUUCACUCAAGAUAAGUACGACUGGAGAAGGGAGUUGGUGGUUGUUACCGGCGGUUCUGGUGGUCUCGGGGACAGACUUGUUCGUAAGUUAGCGAAGAACUGUGUUAAGGUGGUCAAUCUUGAUAUUGUUCCUCCAAAGGAGCCGCUGCCAUCGAACGCAUACUUUUAUGAAACGGAUAUCACCAAUUCCAGGUCCAUUAAGGAAGUCGCGGACCAAAUCCGCCGAGAUCAUGGUGAGCCUACAGUACUAGUGAAUAACGCGGCAGUCAUGAAACUGGCUUCCAUCCUUGACGAGACUGAGGAACAGAUCCGCCAAGUCUUUGAUGUCAACAUCGUUGCAAACUUCCUUCUGCUCAAAGAGUUCCUUCCUGCAAUGAUCAGAAACAACCAUGGUCAUGUUGUUAAUGUUGCAAGCAUGGCAAGUUUUGUUACCGGCGUGAACAACGUCGACUAUGCGUGCUCAAAAGCCGGGACCCUAGUCCUACAUGAAGGUCUUAUGCAGGAGCUGCGGCAUCAAUACAAGGCACCAAAAGUCCGCACGAGAACAGCCCUGAUUGAGAAGGCUCAAGGCUCGGGGUCUUUCAAGUCGAAGAUACUGGAACCCGAACCUGUUGUAGACGCCAUCUUCAAACAGAUCAUGUCUGGACGUAGUGGCAAUCUCUAUUUGCCAGAAGGUUACCGUAAUGUUGCCGGGGCGCGGGGUUGGCCCUACUGGGCCCAGGAGGCUCUCAGGAACCAGCAGAAGGAGGUCCUCUUGUGUCGUCUUGACUCUUGA